AUGGCGGUGGAGGAAGAGAAGGAGGACGAAGGGGAGAAAUGGGACCCUGGGCGGGGAGGCGAGCUCCUGCAGCCUGAGCUGGGCGCGGGUGGCUUUCAGCCCCAGGAAGACGCAGACGCCGUGAUGAGCCUAGACGAAGGCAGUGAAAGCGAUGACAGCGGAGGGGGCAGCUGCAGCGAUUAUGGGGAUCACGACAAGCCGGGAACGGCCCUGCAACGGCUGGUGCCAGAAGGGAACGUGCUUUUCCCAGAUACCUUCCAGACAAACAAUCUCCUGUUCUAUGAGCGAUUCAAAGCCUACCAAGACUACAUGUUGGCUGACUGUAAAGCCUCCGAGGUGAAAGAAUUCACAGCUGAGUACUUGGAGAAGGUCCUCGAGCCAUCCGGAUGGCGGGCAAUCUGGCGCACCAACGCUUUCGAGGUUCUGGUGGAGGUGGUCGACAUGGAGUACUCUUCUCUGAAGGCCGUGGUGCGCCUCGGUGACCCUUUCUUGUGCGAGUCCAAAGGGGGCGCCUUCACUCCAGAGCGCAUGCAGGAAUUGCUGGCCCUCAAGCGACAUCAGCUGCCUUUGCAGGAGUUGUGGGUCGUGUUCAAUGUAUCGGGGGAGUUUGACCAGACGGCCUUGGCUGUGGAGCAUGUCAGGUUUUUCUACCAGCACAUUUGGCGGAGCUGGGACGAAGAGGACGACGAUGACUUUGAUUACUUCGUUAGAUGCGUCGAACCUCGCCUCCGACUGUACUACGACAUCUUGGAAGACCGUGUCCCUUCUGUGCUUGUCGGAGACUACCACAGCCUUCUGUCCCAGUGCGAGGAGAUUUACCGCGCAUUCCUGGACCUCCGGAACAGCCUCUCGGGCAGCGAUUCCGACACCGAAGCUGAAAACGUUGCCGUGGUGGAAGGAGUGAAGCUCUAUGACAGGAUAGAACACUUGAAACAAAAGCUGAAGGUCAUUGAAAAUCCCCUCCUGAGGUACGUGUUCGGCUAUCAAAAGCACGCUCGUCUUCAGCCGAAAGGAAUCCGGCCAGCUGGCACAGUGAUCACCCACGUCGUGUCUGCCACCAUGAUGUCCAGCCUCUUGGCCUGUCUGCUCAGGGACAAGCUUUCUCCAGCCUCCUGUAAUGAGGAAAUAGAAAUACAGUUUCACAGCGAUCUGCUGUCUGCUAUGAAUGCUUGUUACAAAGGGGACAGGAUCAUCAUUUGUCCCGGUCACUAUUUAGUCGACGGAACGUUGUAUGUCGCAGAUUCUGUUGAACUGGAAGGUUAUGGCCUCCCGGAUGAUGUUGUGAUAGAGAAACGAGGGAAAGGAGAUGCUUUUGUGGAGUGCACGGGAGCGGACGUGAAGAUCUCCAGCUUGAAGCUCAUCCAGCACGAUGCGGUGGAAGGCAUCUUAAGCGUUCACCAAGGGAAAACCACGCUUGAGAACUGCGUCUUGCAGUGCGAGACGACAGGGGUCGCCGUCCGAACUUCGGCUGAGCUUGUGAUGAAAAAUUCGGAUUUGUAUGGCGCUAAGGGUGCUGGUGUAGAAAUCUACCCAGGGAGCACUUGUACCUUGAUGGUGAACGGCAUACACCAUUGCAAAGAGGGAAUCCUCAUAAAAGACUUCCUGGACGAACAUUACGAGGUUCCCAAGAUCACCCUGGUGAACAAUGUAAUUCAUAAUAAUGAAGGGUAUGGGGUCGUCUUGGUGAAACCUACUGUCUCGUCUGAUGCUACUGAAGGCACUCCGGCGAACUUUGAAGGAAAGAUCCAGAAUAACCAGGCCUCUGGUGAAGCUGUCGGCACGGUAGGCGAACAAUCGCACCAACAGGCCAGUGGCGAAUUAGACUUCUAUGGGAGAGGGGACGCCUCAGAUCACGCCAAGGGCAAUUCCGAAAUCGCAAACGAACUUUCGGCCGUGUCUCUGAAGAAGCAGCAGCUGUGCAAGAAAAGGUUGAGUCACCUGGGCAUCACGGAGGCAGAUGACAACUUGAUGUCUCAGGAAAUGUUUGUGUCCAUCGUGGGCAACCAGUUCAGGCGAAAUGGGAAAGGCAGCUUCGGAACGUUUCUUUAUUGAUUUCCGGACAUGGCUGUGAGGACAUAAAACAAUCCCAGCACCCUCCAACCUUUCUUUUUUGUGCGCUUUUGCUUCAGUGUGAUUCUAGUGUAUUUAUUUUUGGUUUUAACCACCGCCACAACUUGUGCUCCCCCUUGCACAAAUGAAACCCUGUAUUCCUGAUGGCCGGUUUAGAACCCUAGAACAACAAAACUUUUGUCAUGUGGCCGUUCUUUGAUGAGCUUCGUCUCCUUUAUUCAGUGCUUCACUUAUUUUAUUAUAGUAUUUAACUCUAAUAUAACACUCCCCCCCUUUUUAAAAUAAAAAAUAAAAAUAAAGCCCUAGGCAUUACCAGAAGUGGAGAGUGAGCAAUUAUGUAGAUUUUUUUUUAAUCUCUUAACCACAACUCAAAGGUUGUGUUUGCUUCCCAUGUAAUGGCAGUAUACCAGUUUCAGCUGUGUUUAAAUAAAAUAUUUAGGAAGUGGC